AUGCGGCUGGUCUUCAUGGGGACCCCUGAUUUCGUUGCGCCGAUUCUGGAUGAUUUAGCCGAGGCGUCAUCGGUUGAAUUGGCGGGUGUGUACACGCCGCCCGACCGGCCAGGAGGAAGGGGCCGCGCGGACCGGAUGCCGCCGGUCAAGGUUCGGGCGCUGGAGCUUGGAUUGAAGGUCCAUCAGCCCGCUUCAUUCCGGUCGUCUCAAGCGCAGGCGGAACUGGCAAGUCUCAAACCGGACGUGAUAGUGGUUGCAGCUUACGGCAAGCUGUUGCCGCCCGCGGUGUUGGAUGCUGCUCCACAUGGAUGCUUGAACCUGCACCCGUCCCUGUUGCCCAGUUAUCGAGGCCCGUCGCCGGUGUCAUCGGCAAUCGUUGAUGGAUUAGAGGAGACGGGAGUCACGUUGAUGCUGUUGGAUGAAGGGAUGGACACCGGUCCUGUCAUUGCGCGCCGGACAUGUCCAGUGUUGUCGGACGACACCGCCGAGACGCUGACCGCAUCGUUGUUCAAACUUGGAAGCGAAUUGUUACUGGAAUGCCUUGAGCCGUGGGUGGAGGGGCGGUUGACCGCCGAGCCUCAAGACCAUUCCGCUGCUACUGUCACCCGGAAGUUGGAACGGAACGACGGCUUGGCUGAUUGGAAUCUUCCCGCGGCCGCGCUGUGGCGCCGGCAACGGGCCUAUACCCCUUGGCCAGGGUUGUUUACCAACUGGCAGGGGAGGGUUUUGAAGCUGCUUGAGGUGGAAGCCUUAUCCGACGCCUUUGCCGUCGGCGGAGGUCCGCCGGGCUUGGUGGUGGCCUUGGAUGUCGAGAAUGGGGCGCCGGAUGGGCCGGGGAAGCAUGGGCCGGUGGGGGUGAUAACCUGCGAUAGUGUGUUGGUGUUGAAAACGUUGCAACUGGAAGGGCGGCGUCCCUUGAAGGCCGACGAGUUCUUGCGGGGCCACCGUGACUUUAUGGGGUCGCAACUCUGA